GAAGAGAUAAAGAAAGAAAGAAAAGUGAAAACAAAGAGAGACGUUAGCUAAUGUCCAUGUGCUCAUUGGCAGUUACCGUUUUAAUUUUCAACCUUCAAAAAUCAAAUUUCAAGUGAACAUGUUUCUUAUAUAGAGAAACCAAAGCUUUCAUCAUUUCCCUUUACUAUCAAUAGUAGCCUGAAUCUAACCAUGACCCACUUCAAAAACCUCUUUAAGCUUUUGGGGUUAUCAUUUAUUCAGUAUCUAUGAGUUUCAAGAACAUGUUUUUAGUGAAUCUUUCAAGAAUCUAAGCUUUUGGGUUCCAUAAAAAUUUCGAACAUUUUUAAUCAAAGAAAUGGAGAGUAGUGUGAAAAAGAGUGGUGGUAACAGCGGUGGUGCUGCUGUUAAAGGAGGAGGAUUUGAGAAGAGGAAAAAUGGGUCCGAGUCAGUAACUGAGUCUGGGACCGAGUCAAGAGAUAGCAAUAGCAGCACUAGCAGCUCUAGUUCUGAGGCUACUUCUUCCGAGGAAGUGAAAACUGGUAAUGGGCGUGAUUUAGUUUCACAGUCUCCUUUAGGCUGGCCUAUAAGGAAAGCUGGAGAGUGUAAAAAAAGCUUACUGGGUUCUACUGGAAAUGAAAAUAAAGAUUCUACUCAUUUAGAUGAUUCCAAGUUCAAACAGCUUAGCACAAAGAUUUCGGAAAUUGAUAUGAUGAAGGAGAGAUUUGCAAAAUUGCUACUUGGUGAAGACAUGUCAGGGUCUGGUAAAGGGGUUUGCACAGCUUUGGCUAUUUCAAAUGCCAUUACCAAUCUUUGUGUUACUGUCUUUGGGCAACUGUGGAGACUGGAGCCGUUGCCCUCUGAGAAGAAAUCAAUGUGGAGAAGAGAAAUGGAAUGGCUUCUUUGUGUUGGUGAUCACAUUGUGGAGUUAAUACCUUCUUGGCAAACAUUUCCUGAUGGUAGUAAGCUUGAGGUGAUGACUUGCAGGCCAAGAUCAGAUCUUUUCAUCAAUCUCCCAGCACUGCGAAAACUGGACAAUAUGCUUCUUGAAAUAUUAGAUAGUUUUGCGGACACAGAGUUUUGGUAUGUUGAUCAAGGGAUUGUAGCCCCAGAUGCAGAUGGAUCAACCUCUUUUCGCAAAGCAAUCCAGAGGCAAGAGGAGAAGUGGUGGCUUCCUGUACCCCGUCUCCCUGCUGGUGGUCUUAGUGAUAAAUCAAGAAAGCAAUUGAACCACACUCGUGAAUGCACAAAUCAAAUAUUAAAAGCUGCAAUGGCAAUCAACAGCAUUGCUUUGGCUGAAAUGGAUGUUCCUUACUCAUACUUGGAAACACUUCCCAAGAAUGGGAGAGCCUGUCUAGGGGACCUUAUAUACCGGUAUAUUACAUCAGAUCAGUUCUCUUCAGAGUGCCUGCUGGAUUUCCUGGACCUAUCAACUGAACAUGUUGCUCUAGAUACUGCAAACCGUGUGGAAUCUGCUAUAUAUGUAUGGCGUAGAAGAGCUCAUUCAAAACCUCAAGUUUAUCCAAACCGGUCCACUGCAAGGUCAUCAUGGGAUAUGGUCAAGGAUUUCAUGGUUGAUGGAGAUAAGAGGGAACUGCUUGCAGAAAGAGCAGAAAGCCUCCUGCUUUCCCUGAAGCAGCGGUUCCCUAGUCUAAGUCAGACCACAUUGGAUACCAGCAAAAUCCAAUUCAACAAGGAUGUUGGAAAAUCUAUUCUUGAAAGCUAUUCAAGAAUCCUAGAGAGUUUGGCAUUCAACAUUGUAGCUCGUAUUGAUGACUUGCUAUAUGUGGAUGACUUGACUAAACAUUCAGAUAAAUUACAAGUUUCCACAGUCAGCGUGAUUGCUCACAAGAAGGUUACGAUCCCUUACUCUGUGCCUGUCUCAGGCACUCCAUACAGAACAACAUUUAGUACACCAAGCUUUUCGCCUGCACCCCUUAUUAGUCCGGCGAGGGGAGAAAGAACUCCAUUUCUCCCUAACGCUGCCACCGCCGCCACCAACAACAGCAACAAGCCUCAUCGUCGCGGCUUCGGAGUGAAAAGAGUGUUGACGAAUUAUCUUGGCGUUGACUCAAAACCAAGGAUAUGUGGCAAUUCAACUGAAGGGUCAUGUCCAAAUUCCAAUAUUGGUGGCACAGAAGGUCGAGGGAUUGAUAAUGGGACGGCUAAACCAUAUCAAACUGCUCUGAAAUAUACUGUAACUUGAAAAGUGAAAAGCUGAGAGAGAUUGGAGAAAAAAAAAUGAAUACAUAGAGUUUGAGAAUUAGGAUUUAUUUAUGAUAGAAAAGCUUAUGAUGUAAACCAAUUAUUGUUGUCUAAUAUCUUAAUUCAAUGUUUAUUUUGGUUUUUAUAGUAA